GAAUGUUCUAGAGCUGCAAUUCAAAUCAGAGCCUUUUCUCAACCCAGCAAGACUAAAAGGAGCGAGGAGAACAUAAUUCAGAAAUCAAAGCGAGUCUCUCAUUACUGGUCCAAAUUCUGCGGGUUUAUUCUUGUGUGUAUGUUUUAAGGCAAAGUAGUGAAUGAAUUGCGUUCUGCAGGAGUGUUGCAGAAUACAUGAAAACAUCUUAUUUUAGAUUUGUAAUACUUUCUGUGCUGGAUUUGUUUUGCACAGGAGUUUAAAUUAUGUCAGGCAGAGAGUUUUUUGUCAUUUUGCUAAAUUUUUUCCUAACUUUGAGCUCAGUCAAAAGCCAGGGCUCUCCGCAGGAUGCCUUUAUAAUUCAGUACCUGGAGAGGAGAUUGACUCAGAUAGAGGAGCGUCUGAAUCUCUGCGAACAAAACACAGUGAGCGUAACCCAGAAGACCUAUGAUCUAUCCUCAGAAAUAAGAGGUCAUCUGUCAACCAUAAAUGCUAUGAGAUCCGAAGUGAGGAGCCAGCUCGAUGGCAUCUCUGUGCGUGUCGAGCGAGUGGAGAGAGAGCUGGAAUAUCUUGAAAACAAGAUGCCUGUCCAAUCUGACAUUGACAUUGAGGAUGCACUGCUCGAACAACAGAUAAAAGCAGCAGAACUGGACCAACUAAAAAGGAAAACUAAAAUCAAAGUGGAAAAUGAUUGCAAUGUAGCCUUGAGUCAAAUUAAGUCACUCAAAAUCAUAAAGAAGAUAGGAGACAUCGCAGGCUCCUGGUUCAAGGACCCUUCUCGUGGAUCGACCAAGGUCUACCUGCUGAGUGGAAUUCGUAACGAUACACUACUGGAGUAUGCAUCUCUACAAAGCUUCACAGAGAAAAUCACUGUCCCCCCAGUUAAAGUGGUCAGGCUGCCAUUUUCAUGGCAGGGAACUGGCCACAUGGUCUACAAUGGAUUCCUCUAUUACCACAAAGCAGACACACCCAACCAGAUAUUAAAAGUUGAUCUGUCCAAUGGCACAGUAGUCGACAGCACCCUUCUCCCAGGAGCUGGUCGUCUCCCAGUGUACAGCUUGAACCCGAACACCUACUUGGACAUGGCUGUGGAUGAACUUGGGCUUUGGGUUAUUUAUGCUGACCCGGAAUACGGGGGAAACUUGGUUCUAACUAAACUGGAUAAAGGAAAUUUAGCAGUUGAAUACAUCUGGGAUACACAGUGCAAAAGUUAUGAUGCUGAGGGCGCAUUUAUCAUAUGUGGGACUCUUUAUGUCGUCUACAACACACGUUAUGGUGGACGGUCAACUGUACAGUGUCUCUAUGAUAUCCAUGACACCAUCCACAGUGCUGAGAGUCCUGUGGUGUUCUUUCCUAAACGCUACACAAGCCACAGCAGCAUCAACUACUUACCUGGAGACAAACAAUUGUAUGCAUGGGAUGAUGGCUAUCAGACAAUAUAUGAAGUGGAGACACACAUCAGUGAUCAAGUUAUAGCUGAAUGAAAGUUUGCUUCACAUAUUUUCCCCAUCAAAAAUAAUAAUAUAGAGUACGUAGGAAUUGUUACACACAAUAUGUAUUUGCACCUUCAAUACAUUACAUACAGCAAUUAGUAUCAGUGUCUUUUCUCAUUGUACUUUGCUGCCUGUAAGUCAUCCAAAUGUAAGUUUUUCUAUCACAAUAAUAAAAUGUA